CCCACCGAGUCAGCACGUACUGUGCACUCACUGCGCGCGUUGUGCACAGAUUUUUGCAGUCUAUUUAGAUGCCGAAAACACAGAAGAAGGCAUCAGCUGCUGUAAAAGCAGCGGCCAUGGUCAGAAAGCCCCAACAGAAACGCAUCAGAGACGAAGAGGAGAGGAGGAGCGAAGAAGAGUCAGACGGUGACGGCGUAGACUCUGAUCGUGAGGAGGGUGCAUCGAAGAGGGGGUCACAUGAAGAAGGGGGCGCGACAAAAGAGAAGUCCAACUGCUCAUUCUCGGCCUCGAAGGAGGAGCGCCUGGUUGAGUUCUUCUCGGCCAACUCGGCCUUCUAUGAUAAGUCGCACGUCAACUACCUGAACCAGCAACAGAAGGAUAAACUCCUGGACCAGCUGGCUAAGGAACUCCACACUACAAGAAAGCAGAUCCAGGGCUGGUUCAAACACAUGCGGACCUCAGUAGGAAAACUCUACAAGACCAAGUCAGGCCGGAAUAACCAAAUUCUCACAGCAAGGAAGAAAUGGCAACUCCAGAAUUUCGCCUUCCUAAAGCCCCAUAUUGUCCCACGCUCCUAUACUGUAAAGACCACACUGCUGGAGGAGCAGAGAGAAGAUGAGGAGUCUCUACACGCCAUCUCCACCACGCAAGCAUCUCCAUCUCCGUCCACCUCUGCGGCCGCCUGCAAGACCAAGCCUCCGGCCAGCAAGAAGUCAAAAAUUGACAACCUUCUUAUAAAGUUCUUGGACAGGCCCAGGCCCGAGGAGGUCCUGAGUCAACAGUAUGUUUGCAGUUGGAGACAAUUACUGCAGCCCCUGCACCUUCACAACCAGACGAGCGUACAGCAUUCAGUCAGUGGAUCGCAGCCAGGAUGUCAGGGAUCCCCCAAGAUCGGUGGGACGACUUUCAAUUGGCUGCUAUGCGCCUGAUGCAGGACUACAGCAGGCCUCGACCCAACCCUGACUUAAUAUUAAAAGCACAGGAUGAUGACGGGUGGUGAAUUUUAUAGCAAAAAAUGUACAGUUUCGUUGUUACACAACAUUCAUCAUAUCUUCUUAUAUUGUACUAAUGCUGUAUCAUGAUUUUUUUUUCUUAGGGUGCCAUAUUGUUAUCUGUCCUAAAACACCAGUUUGUCUUCAUACGAAAUGACAAUUAUUGUAAAUCUUAAAAAU